UGGCAGACUUUCUUGUAGAUCAUCCAUGUCUGGACGUGGAGGCAGAUGAAGAAAAAGGGAUUAACUUGUUUUCAAUAAGUUUAGUUCCCUGGAAACUUAUUUUUUAUGGAUCCAGUACAGAAACCAUGUCUGGAGCUGGAGUUGUGGUAAUUUCCCCGUCUAGGCUGAAAACACAGAUGUCUUUCCAGCUGGAUUUUAAUUGCACAAAUAAUCAAGUAGAAUAUGAAGCUUUGAUUAUUGGUCUUGAGAUGUUGGUGGAGCUUAAAGUAUCCAUGGUUGAGGUUAUAUGGGACUCACAGCUAGUUUUGAAGCAAUUGUCUGGUGACUACAAAUGUACUAGCCUUGCUUUAGCCCCUUAUUUUGCCUUGGCUGUGCAAUUGCUGGAAGAAUUUGAUGACGUGUCCAUCAGACAUGUGCCCAGAGACCAGAACUAUGAAGCUAAUGAAAUGGCCCAGAUUGCUUCAAGUCUGCGAAUUCCUGAAGGUGUAAUGCAGAAAGUUGUAAUAGUUGAAAAACGCAGUUUGCCAUCAAUUCAUCAACGUGGCAUGACUGUCUCCACUUGUAGCAUUGAUGUUACCCAGACGGACUGGCGCUUUCCAAUUAUUCAGUACCUUAAGGAUCAAAGUAUGAAGGUAUCUAGGAAAACCAAAAUGCAAGCUCUCAAUUAUGUCUUGAUUAAGGAUGUACUUUAUAGGAGAGGCAAUGAUGAACUACUGCUGCGUUGUCUGGGUCCAGAUGAAAGUUUCCAGAUGCUGUCUGAUGUCCAUGAUGGGAUUUGUGGUGCACACCAGGCUGGGAUCAAGAUGCGUUGGUUAAUUCGCAGACAUGGCUUUUUCUGGCCGUCUGUCUUAAAAGAUUGUAUUGCUUAUGCUAAGGGCUGCAAAUCUUGUCAGAUCCAUGGGCCACUUCAAAGAGUUCCAGCCUCUGAACUUAAUUCUAUUGUGAAACCAUGGCCAUUUCGAGACUGGGCUAUUGACUUAAUUGGUAAGGUGUAUCCCCCUUCAUCAAAAGGUCAUUCAUUUAUUAUAGUGGCAACGGAUUAUUUUACCAAAUGGGUGGAGGCUAAACCAAUGAAGAAGGUAGACCAAUCUGAUGUAAUCAAGUUCAUCAAAGCGGACAUUAUUCACAGAUUUGGUCUGCCAGAAACAAUUACAACAGACCAAGGCACAGUUUUUGUCAGCCAUCAGGUGGAGGUAUUUGCAAAGGAAAUGGGUUUCCGUUUGUUAAAUUCUACUCCUCAUUAUGCACAAGCUAAUGGGCAGGCGGAAGCUUCUAACAAGGUGGUGAUUAAUUUGCUGGAAAAAAUGGUGGAUGACAAUCCCAGACGAUGGCAUGAAUUAUUGUCUGAAACACUGUGGGCUUAUAGAACUUCACAAAGGAGUUCAACCAAAAUGAUACCUUUUGCCUUGACAUAUGGCCAUGACGCAGUCUUGCCAAUGGAGCUAACAGCCAGGUCUUUAAGAGUGAUGAUUCAGCAUAAUCUCCAGUCUAGAAAAUAUGAUGAGGCCAUGAUGCUUGAGCUUGAGAACCUUGAAGAUUCACGUUUGACAGCUUUGGAUAGAUUGCAAGCCCAAAAACUCAAAGUUGCAAAGUCUUACAACAAGAGGGUAAAAGGUAAAAAUCUGGUAGUUGGUGACUUGGUCUGGAAAGCAAUUUUAUCUCUUGGCAAGAAAGAUCACAGAUUUGGGAAAUGGUCCCCAAAUUGGGAAGGACCAUUCCGAAUUCAUGAAGUGUUGAGAGGGGGUGCUUAUUGGUUGGAGUCACUUGAUGGAGAGCUUCAUCCCAGAAAAAUCAAUGGAAUUUAUCUCAAGCCUUAUUACCCUACAGUCUGGGAGGCAAAAGGUUUAGAGUCACAAGAAGCUGUCUGAACCAGGUUUAUACUUCUGUCUAUGCACAAAUAAGUUGAUUUGCUUUCAUAUGUUUAUUCCAAAAUAAGAACAAGAUGGAUCAAGUGGCCUUGUUUGGCUGUGAAGGCAAGCAAUGCUCAAACAGAAUUAAAUCAAAAUAAGAUGA